GCUGGAAUCAUGUUUUGGUUGCGUAGCAACGCUGUACAACAUUUGUCUUCAAGUUUUAACGUUUAAGAUCUGAGGCGCUGUAUAAGAUGUCUGUUCCUUUCUCCAACACAAACCUGCGGAUUCCCAGAGGGUUUGGGAAUUUAUUGGAGGGUCUUGCCAAAGAGGUGUUGAGAGACCAGCCUGAAGACAUCCCCGCCUUUGCUGCACGUUACUUUUCAGAGCUUCUUAAAGCCAGAGAGGAAAGCGGCCUUGAUCCAGCAGAGUGGGGUGCGAGGUUAGAAGACAGGUUCUACAAUAAUAAUACAUUUAAAGUCCAGGAAACGGCAACACAAGGAAGCUUCGGUUUACCUAAAGUAAAUACAAGUUACAAAGCUGGUGAUACUAAAACAUUUGGAAACAAUGGAACUCAAGAACCAAAAGAGCUCAAUGCUUGUAAUUCUUCGGAUAAUUCAGAUGACACUGAAGAUAAGAAGAAAUAUGAGUUAGAUAAGAAGCAAGAUGAGGAAUCAGGUGAGGCAGAACAUGGGCCUGCAGCAGACAUUUCCCAUGUGGGAGGAGCAAAUGUUGACAUAUGUGCACAAGAGGUCAGAGACUCCAGUGAGGUUCAGGAUCAGGAAGAAGUUUCAGAAAAUACAGACAUACCGAGAGACAACGACACAGCAGAUGAUAUUGAUAUCUGCAGAUCUGAACUUGAUCCCACACCUCUGACGUCCUUCGGUGGUCUUGCAAAUGUGGAUGUAUGUGCUGAACUUACCGAGGACAACAGAGACAUGGAAGACCCAGAAUCACAUGAUGUGCAGGAUUCACCUAUUAACCAGUUUCCAGAAUCUUUCAUUGAAACUCCAUCACAUGUUGACUAUGAUAUAGUCAAACAAACGGAUGAAAUGUCUGAUGAUGAAAACACAGAGGAACCAGAAUCUUAUGGUCAUAUAGAAAAAUCAGAACAGGAAGUGUCAGAGAUAACUGAUACGUUUUUGGAGGAUGAAGAGACCACUGAGAAGGUUUAUUUAGAGGAGUCAACAGAAAGAACCAAUGAUCUUGACAUAACUGAAAACAGUAUCACAAGCGCAACUGCAGCAGGACAAGGAACAGAGGAAAAAGAUGAAACACAGAACAGUGAAGAUCAGGAAAUCGCUCAGGAGUACAUCAGCACUAAUGACAUCUUAGAAGAUGAAUCUGCUGGAGAAACAACAGGAAUGAAAGACACAUACAUUGGCUUCAGUGAUGAAACAUAUGACAGUAAAAGUGAGAUAAUAGAUGUGCUGGAUGAAGUUGUUAUGAGUAGUGAGCAUGAAGCUGGGAACAACACUGAUGAACACAGUACGUCUAAAACUAUGGACGCUUUGGAGGAAGAAGAGCUUUUGGAAAGUCUCACCCAUGCUCCAGAGCCAGAUUCUCAACACAGCGACACAGAGGAUGUACCGGGCAAUGAGAUAUUAAAUACUGUUGUAAUGGACACCUCUGAAAAAGAUCCAAUCACAGAGACCGUAAAUGAAGCCAGCAAUUUAGACAUUGAUGGCUGUGAUGCUGAAGAGAUGGAUCAGGAUGACGUAGGCAAUGAAGAGGAAGAUCAAACCAAAAGCAUGACAUUUGAUGACCUUUCAAGCAAGCGUGAGCAAUGGGAAAAUGAUGAUGGGAGCAAUGAUUCUGAACUAAAGGAAGUUUUGGCAUGUGAAACUGCGAGAAAAGCGGAGGUCAUUUCUGAUGAAUGUCAUAUAGAGGCACAAGAACUGAGUGAACCGACCAAACACUUGAAGACUGAUGAAGAUCAAGGGGAUCAGUUUGAGGACCAAGGGGAUGAGAACCAUGCAGCAAAUCUAGAAAGUGAGAACCAGGAGAAUCCUGAAAGCAGUGAAGAAAAGCAGGAAUGCAGCCAGCCACAGGAGGAAGAGGACAUCAUGGACAUCCCCUUGGAUGACCCAGAAGCCAAUAAGGCAGCCGCCAAAAUCCAGGCUGGCUUCCGUGGUCAUAUGACCCGGAAGAAGAUGAAACCUGAUGAAAAGACUGGUGAGGAGGUGAGCAGUGGUGAGGCCCUCAAUGGCAGCGAAGGGGACACAGGGGGAACAGAUGGAGUAGAGACAGACACCACAUCCGGACCAGAGCAGUAAAGACCUUCUCAGUGGGACGAUUUCUUCAGAAAGACUUUUUGUGUCGAAAAUAGUAGUAAAAUUAGGCUGGGUAUCUCAUCUGAUUUGUGAACUCUUUCUCUCUGUUCUGCUUAUUAUCCAGCCCAGGUGAAUAUCUGCUCCAGCAUGCUUUUGCAUCCCACAGACAGGCAUUUGUAUACUAUAUACUUACUGGUAAUGUUUUAUUGUUUGAAUCAGAGAAUGAACGUCAUAAAAUUCAACAAAGCUUUCUUUAGUCGACUACGUGCAUCAUGGUUGACUUUUGUUUUUGAUAAUGCUUGUUUCUUUGCUGUGGUGGUUUGUUUUUAUUACAUUGAUUAAGAAAUGUAGCCACAAUCACUUUAUCAGUUAUCGGUUGUUUAUAAACCUUUAUAAUUGUUUAGGGCGAUUUGUUUGGUUUGCUCUUUGUAACAUGUUUGUGGAUUGUUAUCAGUCUGUUUUAGAGAUGAAAAAAAUCUGAGCUUCCAGAGCAGUACUGUAUAUGGCAUAGCGAGAUUGAAUCUAUUUACUUUUAUUUCCCUUAUUUUGCCUUUCAUUAAAUUAUUCUAAUUAUAAUUUAUUAUUAAGUCCUUUAAGGUAAUGCAUAUCAUUAGACGUAGAGUACAAUGAUUUGAGUUGUAAUUGAGGCUGCAAAAUGAGUGAUAGAAAAGAACACAUUGCAUGGACAUCAGCAUCAUUAUACUCUGUACCUGUUGAAAAGUGAAUAAAUCAGAAAUGCCUUUGAUGGCAUAGAAAUUGGCUCCUGCUGUUAGAGGAGGUAAUAUUAGUCUUUUGAAGACCUUAGAGUCUGUGUUUCUUAAGCCAAGGCAAAUAAGCAGUUCUAUGUGUGGCAGUACAAACUGAAAUAUUAACCCACACAUCAGUGUCAUUAGAUCUGCUGGAGCAUUUCAUUGGCAGCUCACAGCUGGAAGACUGUACUAAUGAACACACGCCAGUCAUUAAUCAAGGUCACAUUGCCACAUGGCCCUUCUCUACAUUCACUAUUGCCUAGACAACCUGCAUUUAUUCCCAUAGUAGCGUUAAGUAUUAUUGAAUAUUCAGUUGCAGUGUGUGCAUCCUCUUAUAAAUGUGUUUGUGGUGGAGAUAAGUUGAAAAACUAAAGAAAAAUAUAAAUAGUGCCUGUCAUGCAUAACAGAACAAUAAGUUAACUUAUUCUACGAAAGCUGCAUCAUUUAUUCACCCUUGUGUCAUUUUUAUGCAUUUCAUGUCAUUUCACCUCAUGUCAAUCAAACAACAUUGGACCCCAUUGACUUCCAUUGUAUGAGCUCAAAACCACUGAGAUAUUUCUCAAAAUCUCUUCUUUUGUGUUCCACAGAGUCCUAUACAGGUUUU